AUGCCCGAUCGACCGCCGCUCGUCCAUGAGGAUCAAUUUACGGAGUCAUUCUUGAAGGGCAGUGGACCUGGAGGCCAGAAGAUUAACAAAACAUCUUCUGCUGUGCAAUUGAGGCAUAUACCCACUGGCCUUGUCUUGAAAGUGCAAGCUACACGCUCUCGAACACAGAACAGAAAGAUUGCCAGGCAGAUGCUUGCGGAGAGGGUUGAGGAAAUCGAAAAGGGGAAAGAGUCUCGAGUUGCAGUUGUUAAGGAGGUUAAGCGGAAGCGGAAGUCGAGUGCUGUAAAGAAGAGUAAAAGAAAGUAUCGGGCUCUUGAAGAGGCGAAGAAAGCU